CCCUGCAAGACGGCGACCGCAUUUCACAAAUCAAGUCUCCGUGAGUUGCGAUCCGAGAGUCGAGAUGCAGCUGCUGGUCGUGUCCGCGCUCCUGGCGUGUCUGUGGGGCUUCAGCCGCGGCGCUGGAGACUGGUGCUAUCAGUCCCAGUUCACCUGCGAUCAUCAGUGCAACGCUCCGGCCAAGUGGAACCUUGCCAACGGCGCUUGCGGCGGAAGGUUGCAGUCACCCAUCAACAUCGUGACCAGGAAGACGCUGAAAGACGAGCGGCUGACCAAGUUUAUUUUUAGCAACUACCAGCAGACUUUCAGAGGGAACAUCAAGAACAAUGGCCACUCAGUUCAGGUUGGAAUUCCCCUCUACGCAACCAUCUCAGCGGGUGGAUUACCUGCUGUCUACAAGGCUGUUCAGUUCCACCUGCACUGGGGGACCAAUGGUGGGCCUGGAUCAGAACACACUAUUGACGGGGAGCAGUUCCCCAUGGAGCUGCACAUCGUCCACAUGAAGCAGCACUACACUGAUCUGAUGACGGCGCUCGCAGACCCCGAGGGGGUCGCUGUCCUCGGCUUCUUCUAUGAGAGGUCCAACAGCGCCAACAAGAAGUACGAGCCGGUUAUCAACACCCUGCGGAGCAUCAAGAACACAAAUGGAAACGCAUCACUGCCUCCAGUUUCUCUGUCGCAGCUGAUCCCGACUGAGCAGAAUCUCACCACUUAUUACCGCUACAAAGGAUCUCUGACCACCCCGGGCUGCACGGAGGCCGUGGUCUGGACGCUGUUUGAGUCCCCCAUCCCUCUCAGCAUUGAUCAGCUACGCGCCUUCUCCGAGCUGAAGUUCCACGACGGGAAGCCAAUGGUGGGCACCUUCAGGCCGGUGCAGCCCCUCAACGGCAGGCAGGUUUACCGCUCCGGUGGCUCUGCCGUCCUCUUCAGCUCCGCCUUGCUCUUCACAACCAUCAUGACCGCCUUUGGACUUUCCCAUCCCAACUAGAGCCACCCGCCCGCUGCACUGCGACACCCGUGACUCUGUAUCAUUCCUCCGUUCUUCACCGCAUGGUUGCUAAGAUGAUGGACCACGUCGUAGUGCAGGUAUCCCUCCCUUCCUUCUCCCCCCACAGUCGACCAAGGUGGUGAUGCUUCUGACCUGCCCUGAGGGUCUGAUCAGCAUUGGUGCAUGAAUACUCUGUGAUUCUUCAGCCUUAUGAAUGUGCCAUAAAGCAGCUUCAACACGCACUGGAAGAGACCUUCAAACCCCCCACAGACUGCAGAGACGCUCCAACAUCAGGUAGCUCCAGUCUGCUCCUGUCUGACGCUCUGACCUGGCACGUGACGCCUUGUUCUCACUGUGGCAUCAGAACAGCGUGGAGCUAUUUAUAGCAUCGCAGUGUCAUAAAAACCGUCUCCGUUUCAAAGGCAGCGGUCAAGAGGAAGUCGACAGCUUUUUUAUCAAAGUCCUGGGGCGCAAUCCCGAGGUCAACUCCUCACAGGUCAGCAGUUGGCAAAGUUGAAGUGGGGGUGUGAGUUCUCUCACUCUCCUCCCGGGUCCAUGAUGAACAGCUGCAGCUGUUCUGAGGGCACAGCGACUCCUGAGAUGGAGGAGCUUUCAUUUCAUACCGUCUUUCUUCUCGUGCAUCCUAAAUGCAUGAAUCAGCUAGCGGCUCUUAAAUGCACUGAAUGUCAUCUGACUGUGAACGACACGCGACUGGAUUCUCUCUUUCAUCCAGGAUCUGUCAGUUAAACCACUCGGAGAUCUGUGCAACGGAUUUUAUUUUUUGGGGGGGUUUAGAAAUGUGUAUAUUUUCCAUAGUUUCAUACGACAUCAAGCUAUAUUUCUACGCAGUGUCGUUGUACACAUGUAUUUAUGUAUUGAAUGUGUAUAUUGAUAUGAGGCGCACACUUAUUGUUAUUUAUGUAUUGCAGCGUUCAUGUGGAAUGCAAAUCCAUAUAUAAAGUUGUAUGACCAAACCAGUGUAUGAGAUCAACCUGCUUGACGAUCAGUUACAGUAAAUAUGGAGAAUGUGUUUUGACUGAACAAUAAAGAACA